GUCUCGUGCAUUGCCCACUACAUGUCGUGGGGGUGAAUCAAGGGAUCGAUGCAAGAUUUGCCUCGACCGAUCAGUUCACGGUGACGAUGGCCAACAGUAGUUCACCGGGCUGCGUUCUCCUGGCGGCGACAAUGGCGCUGGGCGUAGUCCUUCUGGCGUCGCCGGCGGAGUCCGCACGCGCCUUCUUCGUGUUCGGUGACUCCCUGGUGGACAACGGCAACAACAACUACCUGAUGAGCACGGCGCGCGCCGACUCGCCGCCGUACGGGAUUGACUACCCCACGCACCAGGCCACCGGCCGCUUCUCCAACGGCCUCAACAUCCCGGACAUCAUCAGUGAGCAUCUGGGCGCGGAGCCCACGCUGCCGUACUUAUCCCCGGAGCUCCACGGCGAGAAGCUGCUCGUGGGCGCCAACUUCGCGUCGGCGGGCGUCGGCAUCCUCAACGACACGGGCAUCCAAUUUAUUGAGAUGGUGAGGAUGAGCAGGCAGCUGCAGUACUUCCAUGAGUACCAGGGGAAGCUGCGCGCGGUGGUGGGCGCGUCCCAGGCGACGCAGAUCGUGAGCAGGGCGCUGGUGCUCAUCACCCUCGGCGGCAACGACUUCGUCAACAACUACUUCUUCAUGCCCUUCUCCCUCCGCUCGCUCCAGUUCUCUCUUCCCAACUACGUCCGCUAUCUCAUCUCUGAGUACAAGAAAAUCCUCGUGAGGCUGUAUGAUAUGGGCGCACGACGUGUGCUGGUGACGGGGACAGGCCCGCUAGGUUGCGCGCCGGCGCAGCUCGCCCGGAGCCGCGGCGGGGAGUGCGACGCCGGCCUGAUGCGCGCCGCGGAGCUGUUCAACCCGCAGCUGUCCCGGGCCCUGCAGGAGCUCAACGCGCGCUACGGCAGCGGAACUUUCAUCGCCGCCAACACCUUCCGCAUCCACUUCGACUUCAUCAGCGACCCGGCAGCGUACGGGUUCCAGACGGCCACGGAGGCAUGCUGCGGGCAGGGGCCGCACAACGGGAUCGGGUUGUGCACCGCGCUAUCCAACGUCUGCACCGACAGGGACCAGUACGUGUUCUGGGACGCCUACCACCCAACUGAGCGCGCCAACCGGAUCAUCGUCAGCCAGUUCAUGACCGGCUCGCUCGACUACAUCAGCCCGCUUAACCUCGGCACUGCCCUCCACAUAGACGCCGCCCUAAUGGAUUGAUAUACUCCACAUAAUACUAGUAUGAUGCCAAAGCUAGGAAGCAGUACACUUACUGCCUAGCUAGAUAUAUAUAAAAUGGUUGUUUAUGUUUAAUGCGAUCAUUGAAAACCAAUGAAAAAAAUAGCGUGCUACAGCAAAAUAGUGCCGAUCUCAAAAUAUGCUAGUAUUAGCGUGCUAUAUCGCGCUAUAACGUGCUAUUAGCGAGACGUUGUACACGGAUAUACAUAGCGAGGCAAUUCUCAAUAUGCUAUAGCGUGCUAUUAGCGACGCUAUAGUGCGCUAUUUUUUUCAGUGUUGAAAACUUGAACAUUGGAGAGAUUGCUUUGCCAUGUCGACAUUUUAACUGGGCUAAUAAACGUAAGGUUCCCACUUAUGAAAAAUUUGAUCGUAUAUUGACGAGCUUUGAGUGGGAGCAGAAGUCCCAUCUGGUGAUUGUUCGAGCCCUCCACAUAAGUACUUUUGACAAUA